GUGAGCGCUAAUGUCUACCUCAUAGCGCUAACGAGUGCAGACAGCGUGUUCCUGUUUGGUAUUUUGCUCGUCUGCUUUAAGGUAGACUUCAUUGCCUAUGAAUAUUGCGUAGGUCUAGAAUAUGUACUGAUGACAGCAUCGUAUAUUAGCAGUUGGUCAACGGCCGCACUGACCAUCGAACGAUAUCUGGCCAUCGCUCACCCACUGAAACAUGUCAGGUAUGGACAUGUGAAUAGGUCGCGAAUGAUAGCGUACUGGGUACCGAUCCCGUUCGUGCUGCAGCUGUUUCAGUUUAUCUCACUGAAACCUGUUGAAGGCGAAGACGAGCGCCAGUGCGCAUUGAAGGAAGCUAACUAUCAGAUAAUUGCGCAGGCUAUCGACACGAUAUUGUGCUACCUGCUGCCAUGUUUAACGAUCGUCAUUUUGAACAUAUUGGUAGUCUUGAAAAUUAGGCGAUCCGCAUUCGUCGACACAAAAAAUCAACGUACCUCACGGCGACAAGGCGGCCUGACACGCGCAGUCUGGAUCUCUGACUCGUAUUUUAUGGGUGAUGCCAUUGUCUUUUCGCAAGUCGUCUAUCAUUCGUCACCCGAAUUCACACAUCGAUCUCAGGUUUUCGUGUACAUAUAUAACACUGCUCAUUACUUAUACUACAUAAACACAGCGAUAGAUGUGGUAGUUUACGCGUUUUCAAGCGCAAAUUUUCGAAAAACCGCAGUGAUUGCAUGGAAGCAAAUAUUGUGUCCUGGUUAUGUGGAUAAGCACAAGCACAAGGUACAGCUACUUUUGUUUCACGUUACUCGUUUCUAA